GGCACAUGCAAAAAGUUUUUGAGUAGGCUAAUACGUUCGAAAAUAUUCUCAAAUUACUUCAUCUUGCUGACUAAACAAAGACAAACAAUAUGUCUGAUACAAUAUGUGAGAUAUGCAGUAUCAGAGAAUCUACAAUAGAAUGCAUAGACUGUGCGAAGGGUGGAGGUAAACAAGAAUCAUCAGCUGGCGCCAUAGCUCCAGUGUUGCUGUGCCAGACUUGUGGUGACUCAUGGCAUCAAGGACGUAUGUCCUCUCACAAAUAUGUCCUACUGACCUCUAAGCAACACAAGACAGAAGUCCGCAGUAAGCUUGACAAAUAUUUGAGCCAAACCAAAUCUAUAGACAACAAGAUCUCAGAGUUAGGUCGAGUUAAAACAGACCUUCUUGCCAGACAGCAAAUUUUUGUGCGAAACAUCCAAGAAACAGUUACCUCUGUACAAUCAAGACUCAAGGACAAAGGAAUGGAGAUGGUGAAAAAGCUCAAAGAACAUGAUCAAGCCAAAUUUGAAGGUCUCCAAAAGAGUGAAUUGGCUCUAAAAGAAACAUUAGAUGAAAUAAAGAAGAUUGGCCGACAAGUAGAAGUGACUCUUAGAUUAGAGCAUAGUAUGUUUGAACAGGAAAUAGAGCCAUGGGAAGCUAAGCUCACAGAUGUUGACACAAGUGGGCUUAUAGAUCCUCUCCCUUCCUUUGAUACUCAGUUCACUGUUGACUAUAGACCAAUUAAUAAUGCUGUGGAGGAACUUACAAUUAAGAUUGCCACAGAAGAGCCUCCAGCAGAUUUACCCCUCAAACCAGAAGGUCCUAUAGUGCCAGAGCCUGGUGUAUCCUCUGUCCUGUACACCAGUUCUAGGCUCACUUCUAAAGGGACAUUCUGGGCCCAGAUUGCUAUGACACCAGAGGAAAAUGAAUACUUAGAUAGGAUAAGCUACAGUAUCAGAUCUGACUACAUACAACAGGCUGACAUUAAGCCAUACUCAGAGAUUGAUGAAGUGUUGAAAGUUGGGGACUUGUGUUUCGCCCGCUACCAACAUGACUUUAAGUGGUACAGAGGAAAGAUAGAAGAAAUUAAGGGUGAUAAAGCUGAUGUGAGAUUUUUGGACUAUGGCAACUUUGAACGUGUCAACCUUACACAUAUACUCCCAUAUAAACAUACUCCACAGUAUGAUUUCCCAUUCAGGUCCGUAGAGUGUUGCCUAUUUGCCCAUCUAGACUCUAGUCUUGCUCAACAAGCCCGCUGGGACUUCGUUGACAUUGUCAGUCACGCUAACAUUAAAGCUACAUUCAAGAAUAAGGUUGCUGACACAGAUAUAUGGUACAUUAACAUGGAUUUAGUGCUGCUGGAUGAUGGCUCUGAGAUUAAUGCCAAUGAUCACAUAAUGGCAUCAGAUGCUAAAGGCAAAGCUCCUUCUGGGCAGCUCAAGUACACAGACAUACGACUACAAGAGGGCACUCUUAAACCAGAGGAUGUAGUCAAAGCAAAUGCAGGAACAAGAUCUCCAUCAAAGUCAAGUCAGGAUAACACUGAUGGCAAAAGUCAAACUCAGGAAGUUACUGGUGCAAUAAAACAAUCUCCAAUCAAAACAGUCAAUAAAAGUGUAAAUGAUAUAAAGGAAUGUGAACCCAAGUAUCAAAUUCUAAAAGAGUUUGAUUUAAAGGAGGUAAUAGGAGAUUCCAAAGAUGUGAAACUUCCCCAGGGCAUCCUCCCCCUGUUGCCUGGUGCCAUGAACUCUGCUGGAGAUCAUGCCACUCCAAAUGAACAAUUGAAACCAAAGCCACCCACACCUCCUAAGGGGUCCCCGAUUAAGAGUCCCCAUAGUCCAAGUGCUGCAACGCAACUCCUAAUGGGACAGUUACCUCCUCCUGGACAUCUCGGAUCUUUGUGCCAAAUUCCACCGUUUGUAAUAAAUACAAACGAGCCAUUAUCGAAUAAUGAACAGAACACAUUAGUGAAAGUAUCUGAUGGUGAAAAAUCCUCUGACUUGAGCAGUUUGCCUAUGAUUAAUACAGAUGUUGUACAGAGUGGAUUCAGCAAUGCUGCUGGAAUUGAUCUGAAUUCAAUCGCCAGUAGUAUGGCAGAUCAGCUCAUGGGCAAUCCGAUCGGUCAGAGCAUUCACACUAAUGACAAUGCUACUCUUAACACCUUUGAACAGGGGCUUAUUCUCUCUCCAAAAUCGAUGAAAUCAGACACCACUGAAAGUACUAUUGAUUCACAUGUUGUCCUCUGUACAAGAGAUACAAGCCCUGAUCUAAGUGAUAAUAGUGAGCCAAUCUGCCCAAAUGAGCAAGUGGACCAAUCCCAAAAAGCAACCAUUGAGCAAACUGUUUCCUGUGAAACUCCCAAGUUCCAGCCUCUUGCAUCUAGUAAAAAUUCAUCCCCAGAAUCAGUAGCUGUGAAACAUAAUAUAGAAACUGACAGUAGUGCUAAAGUGGAUAAUGCCAGUGAUAAGGAAUUACUAAAAAGUGCUGUAUAUCAAGUAAGGCCCAUGCUGCCGGGUGUGUCCACAGAGCUAAUCCAACCAGAAAUAAGGGACGAUAUAGAGACUGGGGUUGAUUUGAGUACAUCUGAUGAAUUUGUUGACACUGUUGAACCAGAGAAUUUCACUUCCGAUGGAGCAGAUAGUGAAGCUCCCAAGCCUGCCAUUAAUCCAAUUGCCAGAACAGAGGGAGAUAUGGAAACUUUCAAACCUUUGGUAGACUCAAAGACAGAUUCUGAAGGGAGUAAAGAUAAAUGUGCUCCCAAUUCAGAGCUUGAUCCAAACACAGAUACAAAUAAGUGGGACUUGGAAUCUCGAAAAAAUGAGCUAAAACCCAUUAUAAAUGACAAAGAGGAUCUAGAAACUCAACUAGAGCUAGAAGCCAAGUCUAAUGUUAUAGAGGAUUUAGAAACUCCUAGACCUGAAAUUGUCUCAAUAUUGAGUGUUGAAGGAAAUAAAGACACUGGUAAACAUAUGACCAAUGGCCUUGUGAAUGCAGAAUUGGAUAUAGAAGCCUCAAGGGCCACUGUACAAGAAAAGAUAGAAACCUUAAAGACCACUGUAGAUAGAAAUAUAGAAACCUCAAAGACCUCAAAUUCUGAAGGAAAAAUAGAUGCCUAUAAUACUAAUGCACAAGGAAAUGCUGAAACCUUAAAACUCACUUUAAAUGAGAAUAUAGAAAUCGCUAAUACUAAUAAAAUAAGGAAUAAAGAAUCCUCAGAGUCAAAUAAAGGAUCAGUUGGGAUUGUCCCUCUUAUGGAUAUUCAGUUGGAAAAAGCACCACUCAGAGAGACAACACCAGUGAAGGAGAUAAUACAAGAAGCCAUCAGUUCAACAGAAAGCAAGUCAAAGAUAGUGCCUUUAGGUCAGUCUAGUCCAGGUAGUACAGCAUAUUCUAAAGUAUUCAAAAACAGAGUCAAGGCAGUUGGAACCAGCUUUCAGGCUAGUGUGACAUCACAAUUGGAGAAAAAUGCCACCUUUUGGGCAACGUAUUGCCAUGAUGACAAAGCUGAAGAAUUAUUUGAGAUAUUCAAACAUGAUCUGAUAAAGUCUGCCCAGAUGAUGUCUCCUCCAAAACCUGUGGCCCCAGGUCAACUGCAUCUUGGACUCGACUCCCAGAAGCAAUGGGCCAGAGUGAAAGUGACAUCUAUACCCAAUGAGGACUGGAUUAAUGUUGACUUUAUAGACCUUGGGAAGAGUAGCUCCAUUCAUGCCUCCACCCUGCGUAGACUACCCAACAAGUUCCUAUCUAUUCCAUGGCAGUCUGUCAAGUGCCAGCUGAAAAUACCAGAGAGUGUACUCCCAGAAAUCUCAGUUGGGUCAGCCAGGAUCUUCCAACAGCUUACAGCAGGGAAACAGUUGCAGUUUGUCGUGGAGGCUUGUAAGAAGGAGAAUCCUGUAGUUGUCACUGUCUUAGAUACUCUACAAAAUCAGCCAAUCAACAUCAACAGCCUCACAUUCAAAGAUGUGACAGAUCCUGAGACUGCUACCACUGCUGAAGAUGCCAAUGAACCUAAGAAGGCUGCAGCCAAUUACAGAGUCCCUACUCCUCCUGAAGAUCAAGAAUCACCAAGCAAAGAAUCAAAUACCAACUCUCCAUCUAGUUCAGAUGCUGACAUUGCUCUAUACAUCAAUAAAUUGAUUCCGAGUGAGCAAUCAGCCGCUGGAUUACACCAGCAACCCAGUCCUGCCACUUAUGUACCACCCAACCCAGAGAGCCCAGAGAAGGCUGUGCGGGUAGAGGAUACCCCUGUCUCUACUGAGUCAAACUCUCAAGGUGUAAGUGGCUUUGAUGAAGAUGCCUGGCAGGAGUCAAGCGGACCAACAAGUUCUGCACAACCACCAACUGACAGCUGGAAACCUUCUAAUGCAAGACGACCAAAUCAACAGCGUGAAAGAAAUGAUAGUGAUGGCUCAAGGUCUCAGAGGGAAUGCUUCAACUGCAAUCAGAAAGGACAUCAACAGCGUGACUGCCAACUGCCUAGGAGACAGCAGCAACAGAGACGGGAUCUAAGAGGGGACAGGAAAGGCGGAUAUAGAGACAAAAAUCGAUCCCAACGUGGUGGAGGAGGGAAAAAUACAUAUAAUUGUUACAGUUGUGGUCAAAGUGAUCAUAUCGCAAAAGAUUGUCCAACUCCAAAACAGUGAGAUUUCUUUGUACAACAUUUUCUAAUGUGGAUACUGCUCAGAACAAUCAAAUACUCUUACCAUGACAACUCUGACCAUAUAUGUCAUAAUGUUAUGUAAGAUGUGCAUCAUAAGUAAUCAAUCAAAACAAGUCAUGUAGGACAUAUAGGCAUAUAGCAUACUUACAGUUGAGAUUUUUGCCAUAGUCCUUGAUGGUUCUAAAAGAUUAGAUUAGAGCAUUCAUGGAAAUUCAAAUGAUAUUCUGAAUGUAAUACAUUUACCUAAAUAUAUCUAAAAAGCUAGGAUCAUGAGAAAACUUCAGCUUUUAGAGAAGUUUUGCAGGAAAAUAUGCUGUGUGAAUAAUGUAUAGUUAAGGACUAGCCACUUGCCCGUUUUUUCCUAUUUAAAAGCGCUGUGGCAAUAUACAUACUCUACAUACUAUACAUAUUACAUAUUCUGCCAUAUAAAAAACUGACAUCUUUGUUUUAUAAACAUUAUUUUUGUAAGUUUUGAAAAGAGUAACUGAUUUCAUGUAUAGUAAAUCAUGUAGAGUACUUUUCCAGUAUUAUAUUUAUUAUUUCAUUUUUGUAUAUAUAUUUAUCAUUAUCCUUUACAAUGGUAAUGUUCAACAUUCUUUUUUCUUAGCCAUGUACAUAUGUUAGUAGACAUAUGCCUCCUUUAAUGUAUUGUAUGCUGAUAUAGUUAUUAGUUAAUAGUAUAGCAAUUAUAGUUAUAAAGCAUUUAAAGGAGGAUUUAUAGAAAUUGUUAAUUAACAUCUCAAUUGAUCGAAUCUGUUUAUUUAGAAUUUUACCAUUUACUGUGUUACGGUCAUACGGACAGUUACUGAUUACUGAAAAUAUAUAAUUUUGCAAGCAGUAAAAUAAUUAAGUACAGAUACAAGAAUUAGUGUGUACCAAAAGUUUAUUUAGUUAUAUAUAAACCUAGUGAUAUUCUUUUUGUACCCACUGGAGAAGCGUUGUUGGUUAUAACGCAGAGUAAACGUACAUACUUAGGUAUUAAAAUCAAAUUUUGUAGUACCAUGUUGUACCCACACUAUCAUCAUAAAAUUGCAUCAAGUUUUUAAUUUUUAAAAAACAUGACUUUAAACAGUGCUAUAGCCAGAAUUGAAGGAGAUAAAUGUCUUGGAAGUUCAUUUUAUUUUAUUUAUUGUUCCAACAACUUCAUCUUUUCUGGCAUAAAGAUCAUUCCAAAAAGACCCAAAGAAAAUUUAACAUUUUAUUUAGUUUUUCAUAGUCUGGUUACUCUCUUGCUAGAAUAAAAAGGAGUAUAUCAGAUCAUUUUGAGUAAUAUUUUUUUAAAUGAUAUUACUCAAUAAAAUAAAACAAUAUUAUGAGAAAUUAUCUGAUAUUGG